AUGUCGGCGCCGCCACCGUACAAUCCGUCUUAUCCGCAACAGAGUUAUGGACCACCACAACCAGGUUAUGAGCAGCAACAAAGCUAUGUACAGCGACCAGGUUAUGGAUAUGGCGCCCCUCAACAAGCAUAUUAUGGUGGACAGCCUGGUUAUGGAUUUCCCCAGCUACAACCGCAGUGUGUAAACGUUGGACAUCGAAAUCAAGAAUCGAAAAGUGCAGCUUCAAAUUGUUGGUUAUGGGCAUUACUUGCGUUUUGUUGCGGUUGUUGUUUAGCCGAUUGCUGCGACUAA